ACCGUGCAAGACUACGCCACCGUGUAUGAGGGGCCUAUGAUUGUGACGUUACGACUGUGUGAGACGGAGGCUGUGACAAUGUAUGUGACAUUAUGAGACAGCACCCCCAUAACGGGGGGGGAGCCUCUGACUGUGAGAAUGGAAUUAGCAUGAAACAGAGAGGCUUGUGCCAGUGUGUGAUAGUGCUGGGGGAUGUGUGUGGGGACCUGAGUGACCGUGGCUGAGCCUGCACACUGUGUGAGACUGAGGUGGUUAAUGUGUGUGACAGCAGGAGACCACCCAGUUGCACGAGGGGACCUGUGGCUGAGUACUCUGGGAGACUGAAAGACUGCGAUGGUGUAUGCGAUUGGACCGGGCAGGGAUCAGCUGAGUGACAGGGUUAGACCAGAUCACUGUGUAUUAAGGACUUCUGACUGUGAGACUAGAUACUGGGUGAGACCGAGGCUGUGACAUUGUGUGGCUGAAUACUUUUUGAGACUGUGCCAAUAGUGCUGUCGGGGCCUGUGACAGUUUGUGAGACUGAAUACUGGCUAUGACCUAGAGAGAGAGGCUGGGACAAUAGAUGUGGCACUAUGAGACCAUGUCACAGUGUUGAAGGGCCUAUGACGGUGUAUGAGACUGUGAGAGGCCAUAAGGACGUGUGUGACUGCUCGAGACCGUGCCACCAGUUUACUUUCUCAGUACAUCUCCCUGCUCCCAGAAACACAGUCAUAGAUUCUUGAAGCUUUAACGCCAUGUCCAAGAAUUUGCUGACAUUUGAGGAUGUGUCUGUAAAUUUCAGUCGAGAGGAAUGGCAGUGGCUGAGUGACACACAGAGAGACUUGUACAGGAAGGUGACAUUGGAGAACUAUAGGAGCCUGGUGUCGCUGGCAGGAAUUCCUGUUUACAAACCAGCUGUGAUCUCAUUGCUGGAACAAGGAAAAGAGCCCUGGAUGGUGCAGAAGAAGAGAGCAAGAGACAGGUGUCCCGAUUGGGAGUAUGUAUUCAAAGGCACUGAAUUUAUAUCAAAGCAAGAUAUUUAUAACAAAUCUGCCAAAGUCCUAAGAAUGGGAAGAAGCCAUUUUAGUUCCAGCCUUGAUUGUCCCAAGUUGAAAGAAGACCAUAAAAGUGAAGACUGGUUUAAGAACAGGUUGGGAGGUCAGGAGGUGCAUUCCCAUCAGUUGCUCAUCACUCAUAAAGAAGUCCCUGAAGAUGAAAUUAAUGGGUGUAAUCCAUCUUGUCAAGCCUUCCAUCAGGAUGUAAUACUAGAUAUGCCACAAAGUUCCUCUACCAAAGAAAGAAUAGAUCAGAGUGAGCCACAAAAGAGAAGUUACCAGAAAAAGUCUGUCGAAAUGAAACAUAAGAAGGUCCAGGUAGAAAAGAAAAUCCUGAAGUGUACUGAAUGUGAAAAAGUCUUUAACCAGAGCUCAUCCCUUACUCUCCAUCAGAGAAUUCAUACUGGAGAGAAACCCUACGCAUGCGUCGACUGUGGGAAAGCCUUCAGCCAAAGUGCAAACCUAGCGCAACAUAAGAGAAUACACACCGGGGAGAAACCUUAUGAAUGUAAAGAGUGUAGGAAGGCCUUCAGCCAGAAUGCACAUCUUGCUCAGCAUCAGAGAGUUCAUACUGGAGAGAAACCUUACCAGUGUAAAGAAUGUAAAAAAGCCUUUAGCCAGAUCGCACACCUGACUCAGCAUCAAAGAAUUCAUACUGGAGAGCGGCCUUUUGAAUGUAUUGAAUGUGGAAAAGCAUUUAGUAACGGUUCAUUCCUUGCUCAGCAUCAGAGAAUUCAUACGGGUGAGAAACCAUAUGUGUGUCAUGUGUGUGGGAAAGCUUUUAGUCACCGUGGAUACCUAAUUGUACAUCAGAGAAUUCAUACUGGGGAGAGACCCUAUGAAUGUAAAGAAUGUAGGAAGUCUUUCAGCCAGUAUGCACACCUUUCUCAACAUCAGAGAGUGCACACUGGAGAGAAACCUUACGAAUGUAAAGUAUGUAGGAAAGCGUUCAGCCAGAUCGCUUACCUUGAUCAACAUCAGAGGGUUCAUACCGGAGAGAAACCCUACGAAUGUGCGGAAUGUAAAAAAGCCUUCAGCAACAGUUCAUCGCUUGCCCAGCAUCAGAGAAGUCACACAGGAGAGAAACCCUAUAUAUGUAAGGAAUGUAGAAAAACAUUUAGCCAAAAUGCAGGCCUUGCUCAACAUCAAAGAAUCCAUACUGGAGAGAAACCUUACGAAUGUAAUAUUUGUGGGAAAGCCUUUAGUUAUAGUGGAUCUCUUACCCUACACCAGAGAAUUCACACUGGAGAGAGACCUUAUGAAUGUAAAGAUUGCAGAAAAUCGUUCAGGCAACGUGCACACCUUGCUCAUCAUGAGAAAGUCCAUACUAUGGAGUCAUUCUUGUCCCUUUCCUCUCCGUCACCCUCUAUGUCAAGUCAGUUGCCAAGAACUCUAGGUUUUAUCUCUUAAAUAUGACCCAAAUCUGGCCCAUUGGAACCAUUUAUAUUACAUCAUCCUUGUCUUCUGUGUGUUACUCUGUUCUGUGUGAAAAAGCAAAACGGUUUUCUAGUGUCUUCACCCAUGCCUCUUGUUAGUUUCCACAGUUCAGCCAAACUUUACAAAAACAUAUUUUGGUCAUAUUAUUUAUCCUUCAUUAACUGAAAUUCCUUACCAACAUCCAAAAGUAAAAAGCACACCAUCCUAAAAGUAACCUAAUAGGCCACCUUGCCCCCAGAACCUUGUUUCAAACUACCUGUUAAAGCCUUCAUGUCAAUAUUCAUCUCCCUGUCUCUUUCUCUCUCUCAGUACAUACAAAAUUAAAGCAGAUCUGGACUUUAUUGUUGCUCUCCCAUCUUCCAUUCCUAAUUUUAGGAGAGCAUCUGGUCCUUUGUAACCUUCAGAGCUAUUUAUACUAUGGGACUAAUAGUGGUUCUACCUCAAAAGUCAUUGGGAGAAGAAAAUAAUGCAUGUAGAUUUUUUUUAGCAGAGUGCCUAGCAUAAAGUAAUAUUAAUCUAAAAUAAAAAUAUGAUAUACCAA